GCAUUAUUAAUUAACCCCAAAUCCCCGGUUAAUCCCACGCACAAAAUUUCAACCCACAAUUUUGAUGGCCUGAAUUUGCGAUGGAAACUAACUCCAUUUCACUAACCAAUUUCUCACCUCUGACUCGCCCUUUACGCCGUCCACGACUCGGACGCUUCAACUCUGUCGACUUUAAACCUUUGUCUUUCUCUCCCCUCUCCACCCGCCACAAAUCCCUCUUUCUUCCCCUUAAUUCCUACAAUCACCGAAUCCGCUGCGUCCCUCAUCACGACCACCACCAUAACCAUCACGACCAUCAUCAUGAUCAUGACCACGACCACGACCACCACCACCACCACCACCAUCAUCAUGGUUCUGGUAAGUUGAAUGGUUCCCAGAGAGCCGUGAUCGGGUUCGCUAAAGCCGUUCGAUGGAAGGACUUGGCCAAUUACUUGCGAGAGCACCUUCAGCUCUGCUGCUGCGCCACUGCACUGUUUAUUGCUGCCGCUGCUUGCCCUUAUUUGGUCCCCAAACCAACUGUCAAGCCUCUCCAAAACGUCUUCCUUUUCCUCGCUUUCCCUCUCGUCGGGGUUUCAGCGGCACUAGAUGCCAUUACUGAUAUUGCUGGUGGAAAAGUGAACAUUCAUGUACUUAUGGCACUUGCUGCCUUUGCCUCUGUCUUUAUGGGGAAUGCCUUGGAAGGAGGCUUGCUUCUUGCAAUGUUCAAUUUGGCUCAUAUAUCUGAAGAGUUUUUUACUAGUCGUUCAAUGAUAGAUGUAAAGGAGUUGAAGGAAAACUAUCCGGAUUCAGCACUUGUACUAAAUUUGGAUGAUGAUAAUUUGCCAAAUGUUUCUGAUUUGUCAUACCGAAGCAUUCCUAUGCAUGAUGUGGAGGUUGGCUCCUACAUUCUGGUCACCACUGGUGAGUCUGUUCCUGUAGACUGUGAAGUGUUCCAAGGUAGUGCAACAAUUACUAUUGAGCAUUUGACUGGUGAAAUCAAACCAUUAGAGGCAAAAGCUGGAGAUAGGAUUCCAGGUGGAGCAAGAAAUUUGGAUGGUAGAAUAAUUGUUAAGGUACUAAAGACAUGGAAAGAAUCAACACUUAACAGAAUUGUGCAGUUAACUGAAGAAGCACAAUUGAAUAAGCCUAAGCUUCAAAGGUGGUUGGAUGAAUUUGGUGAACGUUACAGCAAGGUGGUGGUUGUUUUGUCAGUUGCCAUUGCAGUUCUUGGACCUUUUCUUUUUAAGUGGCCAUUCAUUAGCACUGCGGUUUGCAGAGGAUCAAUCUACAGGGCUUUGGGGCUUAUGGUGGCAGCAUCCCCAUGUGCCUUGGCUGUUGCUCCACUAGCGUAUGCUACUGCUGUUAGUUCCUGUGCGAGAAAGGGGAUCUUGCUCAAAGGUGGGCUAGUGCUCGAUGCUCUAGCUUCCUGUCACACUGUUGCCUUUGAUAAAACUGGGACAUUGACAACUGGAGGGCUUAUGUUUAAAUCAAUUGAGCCAAUUUAUGGACAUCUGACUGGGAACAAGAAGACAAAUUUUUCUUCCUGCUGCAUUCCCAGCUGUGAAGCAGAAGCACUUGCAGUAGCAGCUGCUAUGGAGAAGGGUUCUACUCAUCCUAUUGGAAGGGCGGUUGUAGACCAUAGCAUAGGGAAAGAUCUUCCUUCUGUUUCUGUUGAUGGUUUUGAGUAUUUUCCUGGCAAAGGUCUAGUUGCUACUCUCAACAGUGCUGAGUCAGGAACUAGAGGAGGUAAAUUGUUGAAAGCAUCACUUGGUUCUAUAGAAUUCAUCACUUCACUUUGUAAAUCUGAAGAUGAAUCAAGGAAGAUUAGGGAAGCUGUUAAUGCUUCUUCUUAUGGAACUGACUUUGUUCAUGCUGCUCUUUCUGUUGACGAAAAGGUGACUUUGAUUCACCUUGAGGAUAGGCCUAGACCAGGGGUUUUAGAUGUUGUUUCUGAAUUGAAAGAUCAAGCAAAAUUCCAAGUAAUGAUGUUAACUGGUGACCACAAGUCAAGUGCAUGGAGAGUAGCUAAUUCUGUGGGCAUAAAUGAAGUCUACUCCAGCCUAAAGCCAGAGGACAAACUCAAGCAUGUGAAGAAGAUUUCAGGGGAUAUGAGGGGAGGUUUGAUCAUGGUAGGUGAAGGCAUCAAUGAUGCACCAGCUCUUGCUGCUGCAACUGUUGGAAUUGUUUUAGCUCAGCGUGCUAGUGCAACUGCUACAGCAGUUGCAGAUGUCCUAUUGCUGCAGGACAAUAUUUCUGGUGUUCCAUUCAGUAUAGCCAAGGCUCGCCAAACAACUUCACUGGUCAAGCAAAAUGUGGCCCUUGCCUUAACUUGUAUAAUCUUGGCCUCUCUUCCAUCAGUCUUGGGGGUUCUUCCGCUUUGGUUAACGGUUCUCCUGCACGAAGGCGGUACUCUCCUUGUUUGCCUCAACUCUAUCCGUGCUCUAAAUGACCCAUCAUGGUCAUGGGGGCAGGAUCUAUGGAAUUUGAUGUCUAAACUCAAAUCAAAACUUGCAUUGUUCAGACACAACACAACGUCAAGCACCAUCCAGACUGCACCUUUGUGAAGUAAUCAGUACUUAGCUUAGACACUGUAGGAAAAAGUUCCUUAAUUUUCUAGUUGAGAGUUGGCUCAUUCUCAUAUUUUAUUUAUAAAAACAAGAGCCUAAAAACUGUAAAAAGUUGGAACUUCAAUCAAUCAAAUCAACAAAAGUUUUAGGUUGUGCUGA